AUGUGCCGGAGGGGCUCUUUAGUGCAAAGCCCCACCUUAUGCAACCCUUCCCGCGCUAGAACUCCCAUAAAGCAAUACUUCAAUCCUGUGUCCAAUCAGACCACGACCAGUGCACGAACCCCCAGUCGCCCUGGAGCUCCCAAUUCAUCUACGUGGACCUUAAACCAGGACAGCUGUUCCUACCACUGCUGUCAUCAUCGUCCGCCAAACCAACUUCCGCCGGCUUCCGCAAGUAAAUCGCCGCGGAAUAACAUGUCGUGGACCUUUGCGAUCGACCUUGGGACAUAA